AUGUUCUAUAUUUGGUCCGCGUCGUACAAGGAUAAUCGCAGGUGCCUCCUGGUGGCGACUGACGAUGCCGAGCGCAGCAGGCGGCGCCUGCGUCUGCCCCAGGCAAAAUGGAUGGAAGAGCGCUUGCAGAUGCUCCACGGCGGAAUGGCGAGUGCAACGGAAGGCGCCGAGGUGGCUGUUUUUGGUAUCCGGAAACUUGCGUUCGGCAUUGUUUGGCACGGCCCGCUUACUGCUCCCACCCAGGAGUCGUGGGCGAUGUACUCAGAUUUCCAGUGGCCUCGCGAUUCGUUCACCCUGCGAGUGUGCGAGGUGUUUGAGCUGGAGCAGCCCAGGACGAGAAUGUACGCCCGCAAAUGCGUUUCCACAGAGUCGCUUGGCAGACGGCCCAGGGACUCGCUAUUGUCCCCCGCCCGCCCCGUUUGCCCCUUCGCGCCGCCUGCUGGACCCCCUCCGUGCCGAGGGCCGUGA